AGAGCCACCCGCAGCUCCCCUCGCCCUCAGGCUGCCGUGGGACAGUGCCACAGGGAGAGCAGCACCACGGGCACACAGCCCCCCCCGCCCCGGCUGGGGACGAGGGCACAGCAGGGGAGCGUGGCAUCCCAGGGGGUGUGCAGCACCGCCAGAACACGCAUGAGGCUCGGCGGGGCGGUGAACGCUGUGUCAGGGACCCCCGGCUCAGUCAGGCAGAGGCAGGCAGGUAGGCGCUUUCUCCCCCUCCCUGCCCACCCCAUGGGGCUGGAGACGUGGGGCCGGCAGGGCUCAGCCCGGGCUGUCCUCGCAGGGCAGGCAGCACCCGCCACCACCAGCCACAACGGCUGCCACCACCUCUCGGUCAACCCUGAGCGGCUCAAGAGGGCCAGGCUGCACGUGGAGAGGGCCAUCAAGGAGAAGAAGAUCUUCAUGGUACAGGGCCCCUACCCUGUCAUCCGCCGCCUGUUGCGGGCCCGGGGCUGGGUGGAGAAGAAGCUCCCUGGCACGGGCAGGGUGGGCAGCCGGCCGGAGCAGCGUCAUGGCAGCCAGGAGAAGCAGCUGCAGGAGGAGGAGGAGGGAAGUGAUGGUGCUGAGCAGGGGGGGCCAGUGCUGGACACCCAGCUGGGGUCGGCAUGCUGUGGGGCUCAGCCUUCCCUGGGGACCCCAGAGCCCCUGGGGUCCCCAUGGCCGCCCAAGGAGGAGGAGGAAGAGGAAGAGUGGUGGGAUGAGGACCCUGAUGGCAUCCAUGAACUCAUGUCCCGCCUGGUGCGGGACCAGGUGCCGUACUUCAUCUGGACGAACCGCCACAGUGCCAUCGACUGCCGGCUGCUGCGGCAGGACCAGGUGGUGAACCACUACACCCGGGUGGGUGCCUUCACCACCAAGGAGGGGCUGUGCCUCAACCUGCGAAACCUGCCCUGGUUUGACCAAGCUGACCCCGACGCCUUCUUCCCCCGGUGCUACCGGCUGGGGGCUGCGGAUGAGCGGCAAGCCUUCAUCGAGGAUUUCCACCUGACGGCAGCUCGCAGCCUACUUAAAGUGGCCCUGGAGAGGGCUGGGGACAUGCCGGCAGGGACGGAGCAGCCCCCAAAAUCCAGCAAGGGGCCAGCAGGGCCAGGGUCCCCCCUGCCCCCCCAGCUGGUGGAGGAGGCCCUGCAGGUCUGCGGGCAGCACCUGGGCAGCCUGGGGCACCAGGACAUCGAUGGGGACCCCCCAUCCCCCUGCAUGACGGGUGCUGGCUGGGACCGCUUCCGACAGGACUACUACCGCGUGGUGCAUGAGGGGGCCGGUCUGGCGCUGAGCGGGGCGCAGCAGGAGCAGUGCCGGGCCCUGCUGCGGCACCUGGGGGGGCGGCUGCCCCAGCUCGGCAUGGAGGGCGACCGCAACGUCUGGAUCCUCAAGCCUGGUGCCAAAUCCCGUGGCAGGGGUAAGGCUGGGGGAAGUGGGGGGCAGGCUCCCCACCGAGGAGGGGUCCCACCGUCACCGCGUCCCCCAGGCAUCGUCUGCACAGUGCGGCUGGAGGAGGUGCUGCAGCUGGCAGGGGGCUGCAUGGCACCCUCGGCGGAGGCGGGCGAGUGGGUGGUGCAGAAGUACGUGGAGCGGCCGCUGCUCAUCUUUGGCACCAAAUUUGAUGUCCGGCAAUGGUUCCUGGUGACCAACUGGAACCCGCUGACCGUCUGGUUUUACCGUGAGAGCUACCUGCGCUUCUGCUCCCGGCCCUUCUCCCUGCGCCGCCUGGACCCUGCCCGGCACCUCUGCAACGUCUCCAUCCAGAAGUGGUACAGGCCGGCGCGGAGCCGGCACCCCCGGCUGCCCCCCGACCAGACCUGGUCCUGCCGACAGCUCCAGGCGUACCUGGCACAGGUGGGGCAGGCGGACGCCUGGCACCAGGUGAUGGUUCCUGGCAUGAAGGCGGCAGUGGUGGGUGCCCUGCGCAGCGCCCAGGACCUGGUGGGGUCCCGCAAGGGCAGCUUCGAGCUCUACGGGGCCGAUUUUGUUUUUGGAGAGGAUUGCCAGCCCUGGCUGCUGGAGAUCAACGCCAGCCCCACCAUGGCCCCCUCCUCAGCAGUGACCAGCCGGCUGUGUGCCGAUGUCCAGCGGGACACGCUGCGUGUGGUAAUCGACCGCAGGGAUGACCCCAACUGCCCCACCGGCGCUUUCGAGCUCAUCUACAAGGAGGCAGCCGUGCCCGUGCCUCUGUAUGUGGGGCUGAAGCUGAUGGUGGAAGGCUGCUCCCUGACGAAGCCCCAGCCAGCACAGCACCGAUCCAGGGGCAAGCCCCCCACUGCUGCGCCCUGUGCCCCUCAGCCCCCUGUGCACCCCAGCCUCUGGCGCAGAGCCACCCAAGGUGCUGCGCCCACCCAGACUGGCACCCUGCGCCUGGACCCUGUGCCCCUGCCCGGGGCAGCCGAGCCCCGCUGCGGGGAGGAGGCACACGGCAGCUCCCCAGGGCAGGCAGAAGAGCUGUGA